AUGGAGCAAACCUAUGGAGAGGUGAACCAGUUAGGUGGUGUGUUCGUCAAUGGGAGACCCCUGCCCAAUGCCAUACGGUUAAGAAUAGUGGAGCUUGCUCAGCUCGGGAUCAGACCCUGUGAUAUAAGCCGGCAGCUCCGAGUCUCACACGGCUGCGUGAGCAAGAUUUUGGCGAGGUACAACGAGACGGGCUCCAUCUUACCCGGUGCCAUCGGUGGAAGCAAACCGCGGGUCACGACGCCUAACGUGGUGAAAAAUAUCAGGGAAUACAAACAAAGUGACCCCGGGAUCUUUGCCUGGGAGAUCCGGGACAGGCUCUUAGCAGAUGGAGUUUGUGACAAGUACAAUGUUCCGUCGGUUAGCUCCAUCAGCAGGAUUUUACGCAACAAGAUUGGAAAUCUCUCCCAGCCGAACCAGUACGAGAGCAGCAAGCAGGCCUCUGCGCAGGCCGGGCUCUCCUACAACCACAUAUACCCAUAUUCCUACCCCAACACCAUGUCGCCCACUGGCACUAAAAUGGGCAGCCAUCCUGGAGUACCGGUGACAGCGGGACAUAUGAGCAUUUCCAGAGCCUGGCCUUCUGCACACACCGUCAGCAACAUCCUCGGUAUACGCGCCUUCAUGGAUCCUGCAGCCAUAACUGGGGCGGAGGGAUACGGACCAAAAAUGGAGGACUGGAGCAGCGUCAACAGAGCAGCUUUCCCUGCAUCUCACACGGUCAAUGGGAUAGACAAAUCAGCUAUUGACGGCGAUAUUAAAUAUGGCCAGCCCUCAUCCACACUGUCCAGUUACGUGUCCGCAUGCGCCUACUCUCCCACCAACCAGUACGGGGUGUACAGCGGGCCUGCGGGUGGUUACGUGGCCCCGGGCCACCAUCACUGGCAGCCACAGAGUCCGACGCUGUCCCACCCGGGCGGCGGGAUGGGCAUGCACGCAGGGGAAAUCCAAUCACCGAUGACCUUUAAGCAUCAGGCCCGAGAAGGAGACAGAAAGCCGCCCACUCCCCUGAGCAAACAACAACAACAACAACAACAACAACAACAACAGCAACAUGAAGACUUGAACAGCGUGCACGGACUCAAUCUCCCUACCUCUUCAUCAUAA